CUUGCUCCUCCAAGAAGAAAGGAGAGCAGCAGAGCAGCAGGAAGGACUCUGCCAGAUCGAGCCUUCUUCUUCUCCCUCUCAUCCAAGAACAGCAUCAAACAAGAAACCAGAGAGCUAGAACAGAGCAAGAUGACCUGAGACUAAGCAAAACGCACGCACGUAGAGGCCGCGCGGGAAGGACUUGCACUCCGGCUCAUGGGUCUCCUGGACCAGCUGUGGGACGACACGGUUGCCGGGCCGCGCCCGGACUCCGGCCUCGGCAAGCUCCGCAAGUACGCCUCCUUCUCGCCCUCUUCCUCUUCAGUGUCCGCGGCCGCGGCCGCGCCGCCGCCUGCGGAGGGGGCGGCCGUCGCCGUGCCGCCACCCGGCGUGACGCGCAGCAUCAGCAUGCUCCGCCCCUCGGCGCUGUCCGUCGUCACGUCGCCGCGCAGCGAGUCCAGCUCUGCGCCGUCGUCGCCGGCCAGCGGCGCCCCGGACUCGCCCUUCGGCGCAGCGACGACGCCCAAGGGAGAGGGCUGGAAGAAGCUGCGCCGGAAAGGCAGGAUGGCCGCCGCCGACGGCGCCGACGCCCCCGGCACGCCGAGGAGCCCCACUGUCUACGACUGGGUGGUGAUCAGCUCGCUGGACCCGUGAACGACUGCGCAAGGAAACCAUCAGCACAGCUAGCCAACUGAAGAUGGUUUCUGUGUUUUGUAUACGUUAAAAUUACCCCCGUAUAUCUUCUUGUAAAUCCCCGUGUGAGAUGCUGCUGUUUUCUGUAAGCUCUGCUAGUACGCUUAGCUCCUCAGCAGGUCAUGCGUGCCCAAGCCUUGAACUUGAAGUGACAACAGGCAACGCAAGCUCUGAUGACCUGACGGGCCCGCACGUCGGUGACCCAACCGUAAGCGGUAGGGGCAGUACCGCAGAGGAGUCCUGUCCAUGUAGCGCAGUCCUGUGGUACCUAUACUGUUGAAGAGAGCUGUAUGAGUGACCGCGCAGCGUCCUUCCGCUUUGUGCUACUGGAGGGUGCUGCUUGUGUAAAAAAAAACCUAUAAGAGUAUGCACUCGGCAAUAAUGCGUGUAGUUGGGUGAUCUGGAUAAAUGCAUAUCCGGUCGAACACUUUCGCCAAUGUCUUAUCAUGCUUAUCCUA